AUGGCUGACAAGAAAAAGGAAGGUGAACCAGAGGGGGAGGAGGAGUUCUCUGUCGAGAAAGUGCUAGACCGACGUGUACGAAAUGGAAAGGUUGAAUACUAUUUAAAAUGGAAAGGUUACAGUGAUGAGGACAAUACCUGGGAACCAGAAGAGAAUCUGGAUUGCCCAGAUCUCAUAUCAGCCUUUGAGGAAGCACGAAAGAAGAAGGAAGCUGAGGGUAAAACUGUCAAAGUAGAUAAAGAUGCAAAGAAGCGCAAAUCUGCUGUGCCGACUCCAGACUUAAAAGGUGCAAAGAAGGCUAAGAGUGAUGACAAAAAGGCGUCAGGUUUUGAUCGAGGUCUAGAGCCUGAAAAGAUUAUAGGUGCUACUGACAGCAGUGGAGAGCUGAUGUUCCUCAUGAAGUGGCAGGGUACAGAUGAGGCAGACUUAGUACCAGCAAAGCAGGCUAAUGUAAGGUGCCCUCAAGUGGUGAUUCAAUUCUACGAGGAGAGGCUCACGUGGCACACGCCGGCGCCCGAUGAAGCUGGUGCUGACGACUAG